AUGGUGCAGAGGCUCACAUAUCGCAAGCGCCACAGCUAUGCCACCAAAUCGAACCAGCACCGGGUUGUGAAAACCCCUGGUGGUAAGUUGGUGUACCAGAGCACUAAGAAGAGGGCAAGUGGACCCAAGUGCCCUGUCACUGGGAAGAAGAUCCAAGGGAUCCCACACUUGAGACCUGCUGAAUACAAGAGGUCUAGAUUGUCUAGGAAUCGGCGAACAGUAAACCGGGCCUAUGGAGGUGUUUUAUCUGGAGGAGCUGUUAGAGAAAGGAUUAUUCGUGCUUUCCUUGUUGAAGAGCAGAAAAUUGUGAAAAAGGUAUUGAAGAUUCAGAAGGCAAAAGAAAAGCAGGCAUCGAAGAGUUAA